GUGUAGCCACACGAUGGUCCGUCGCUCUGUGGAGCGCUCGGGGAUGCAGUGGUAUCACGGGCAUUCGCGUGGUCCCCUCCGUCGGUGAUGUUGCCCCUGGUUUAGGUCCGCAUUCAGGAAGAACGCGCAGUUCAUUCAUCAAUUACGACUAGCGCGGAGCGAACUACAGCUGUCUCCAGGCCGAACUGUACAUUCCCGAACUCCUCGGACACAUCAAAUUUGGAUAGUUACGGUUGUGUGUGAUUGACUGCGAGUGGCAUCUUAUCAGAACCUGCUGAAUAGCCACUGGCUUCUGGAACUUGGGCAACGCCGCAGCUAAAUUCCAUGCGGUCAUGGUGCAGAGCGCGAUGCGCAAGUGCUGGCAGCACACCCACUUUUGGCGAAGCGAGGACACCCGAAACUGACGGAUCUGUGCAAAGGACUAAAGAGGGAUAUUUCAUAAAUCUUUACUUCUUUGUCUCAUCGGAGGUCUUAGCCACCUCGGGGAAAAUUUUGUAGGCUGUGGUAAAUCGUACAAAUAUCCUACUGCUAACACGUCAGGAGAAAAAACACUGCUGAAGCAAACUGCAGAAAGCCAGUUGUAAAAUGGAGGACAGUUUUGAUUGCGACUGUGGUGAGCUUGAGCCACCUGAUCAGUGAGGGUGUGUGUUCCUGCUGAGGUCGGCGGACCUUCCCGCUUCCAGACAUCAGCUGCUCUGGAACAGAACAAACAGAAAGGAGUACCCUAGUAUAGUAACCAUAGUAACCCAGCUUGCGUGCUUAGUUAGCACAUCAGGAGAAUGCAGCUGCUCAGAAGAAGUCGUACACUGUAUGUAACAGCACUGGAUGAAGGAUGCGGGUGCUGGUAGACUGGUUCACUUAUUCACAAAGAGUACUGAUCACCCCCGAACCCAUUCCAUGAUAGGCUGUUAAACAUUUGGGGGAAGAAAGUAAGUUUGAAAGUGUGUCCCUAGGUGUUGAAAAGAAAAGGCCCCCUCCAAACCCCUUUGAUUUGUAGGAGUGUUUUUUGUUUGUUUGUUUUAUUUUUGUUUUUGUUAGGGUUAUUUUUUGGAUGGGGCAUAAUGCUAACAUAUUCUAAUGACUUAUCAGAGUUCUCUUGCUGCUUUGUGCUAAAGAGGCUGAUCACCCAGGUGGGAAAGCACUGAACCUAAGUGCAAAAUAAACUGUAAAUAAAUAAACCAGGGUUUAGUGCCCCCCCCCCCCCCCCCUUGCUGCAGGAGAGGGCAAAAGAAAGCGAGACAUUUUGCAUACCUGUCACAUCAAAGAAUUUACAAGUCCUUCCUAACGAGCCGUGGUCAGGGUGUAGAAGUUUCCAAAAUAAAACGCAAGCAAGAAUGGCAGAGAAGUUUGAAAGCCUUAUGAAUAUUCAUGGCUUUGAUUUGGGCCCACGCUAUACGGACCUGAAGCCGCUGGGCUGCGGUGGCAACGGCCUUGUAUUUUCCGCUGUGGACAUGGACUGUGACAAGCGCGUGGCUGUGAAGAAGAUCGUGCUGACAGAUCCGCAGAGUGUCAAGCAUGCGCUGCGUGAGAUCAAGAUCAUCCGGCGCCUGGACCACGACAACAUAGUGAAGGUGUUUGAGACGCUGGGGCCGUGCGGCCGGCACCUGGCCGAGGACGUGGGCUCGCUCACCGAGUUCAACUCGGUCUAUAUUGUGCAGGAGUACAUGGAGACGGACCUGUGCAAGGUGCUGGAGCAGGGCCUGCUGUCUGAGGGCCAUGCCCGUCUGUUCAUGUAUCAGCUGCUACGUGGCCUCAAAUACAUCCACUCGGCCAACGUCCUGCACCGUGACCUCAAGCCUGCCAACCUCUUUGUCAACACGGAAGACCUGGUGCUGAAGAUCGGAGACUUCGGCUUGGCCCGUAUCAUGGACCCACACUACUCGCACAAGGGUCACCUGUCGGAGGGUCUUGUCACCAAGUGGUAUCGUUCCCCACGUCUCCUCCUCUCCCCCAAUAACUACACUAAAGCCAUCGACAUGUGGGCGGCUGGCUGCAUCUUUGCCGAGAUGCUCACAGGGAAAACGCUCUUCGCAGGAGCUCAUGAGUUGGAGCAAAUGCAGUUGAUCUUGGAGUCAAUUCCUGUCAUCCAUGAAGAGGACAGGCAGGAGCUCCAGAGCGUCAUUCCCGUCUUUAUCAAAAACGACAUGUCUGUACCCCACACGCCACUCGCCAAGCUUCUGCCAGGGGUCAGUGCGGGAGCUCUAGAUUUCCUGGAAAAGAUUCUGACCUUUAACCCCAUGGACCGGCUGACGGCAGAGGAAGCCUUGGCCCACCCCUACAUGAGCGACUACGCGUUCCCACUGGACGAGCCUGUCUCUGCUCAUCCCUUCCACAUUGAGGACGAGGUGGAUGACAUCCUCCUCAUGGACGAGAGCCACAGCCAUGUCUAUAACUGGGACAGGUACCACGACAGCCAGCAGUCUGAGCUCGACUGGCACCCGCACAGUGCGGCAGAGGUUGAGGAUGUGCAGCGCGACCCACGGGCCCUCUCUGAUGUCACAGAUGACGAGGAGGCUCAGGUGGACCCACGCAAAUACGCCGAUGCUGACAGCGAGAAGUUCUUGGACGAGCCACUGUUUGACCUGCCGCCAGAGUGGUCGUGGCCACCGCACGACCAUCACCACGAGAACAAGUACUGUGAGCUGGAGUGUAGCCCCACCUGCAACUACAAGGCUGUGUCGCCGUCCUACCUGGACAACCUGAUCUGGCGCGAGAGUGAAGUGAACCACUACUACGAGCCCAAGCUCAUCAUCGACCUGUCCAACUGGAAGGAGCAACAGAACAAGGAGAAGGGUGACCGCAAGAGCAAGAGCAAGUGCGAGAGAAACGGCCUGGUGAAGGCGCAGAUCGCCCUGCGCGAGGCAGGCCACCACGGCCACAGCCCCAGCCCGCCUGAGAAGGAUCGGCAGCAGGAGAAGCACCAGAGCUUCGACUUCGACUCCUUCAUUGCCGGCACCAUCAAGCUCAGCCUGCAGCCGGAGCCUGGCGAUGUGGGCCUCCUGAAUGAGCGCAACACCUCCGUGUCACAGCUGUCCAAGUCUGUCAGCCAGGAGAAAGAUGAGAAAUGCCAGGUGAACCUGGCCCAGCAGAGCGUGCGCCAGCCAUGCCCGUGGGACCGCCUCCCGGGACCAGGUGCCGACGACUACUGCCUGAUCGAUGAGGCCUGCAGGAAUGCACCAAAGGAGGGCGGUGGAGGGGGCGGCGGCUAUGUCAGCUACCUGGACCGCCUCUUCAGCAAGCAGGAAGAGACGCCUGUGGACACGCCUCCCGACACACCUUCUGACACCGAAGAAUCCGCCUCCCCGGUCCAAGCCGACACAACAGGCGGCUUCUGUGCUCGGAAUGGCGAGAUUGUGCUAGAGUCGCUGGCCAUCGCAGGGUUCGACACAGCCACCGACCUGCCGCUGAAGUCCCUGCAGGCCUCACUUUCGCCCGCCGCCCAUGUCAAGUGCUCGCCGCAGAUCGCCCACAAAACAUACAGCAGUAUCUUUAAACACCUGAAUUAAAGAAUGCAACAGCCUCUGCAGCAAAAGAGUCUUGGCUUCUGGGGUUUUUUUGUUUUUUUGUUUUUUUUUAAACAUAUGCUUAGUGUAUUUUACUUGAAUCAUUUCAUAACUUUUUACAUAUGGUUACUUUUUUAAUUUUUUUUCUUUUUUCUUAAUCAUAUGAAUUAAUGGAUGAGUAAACCUUCACUCAGCGUCAGUGUUCAGAGUUCACACUUGAUGCAUCAUCACCCCAUCUUAGUUUUCCAGACUCAUAUAUUUAAAAACAAACAGGGAAUAAAUAGUAUAUAAAAAUGGCAUGCCAUUUGCACACAGCGUACUGUAGAUUUAUACACGUUUGAGAAGGUGAAGGAGAUGAGAGAAAAUGUGGAAAGGUAACUGGCAGAGGGGACAUGGUGGGUGGGGACAUGCAGAGGAAGGCGUGAACACCAGGGAGACGUCACUGCUGUCCAGGGCCACUGGCUUUCCCUCGCGCCCUGCCUAGGACAUGACGGCAUGCUUCCAUUGUUUGCUAUUUUCAUUAUUUCACCCUAGUUAUUUUACCAAAUCUAAUACCUUUACAUGGGUUAACAUCCCUCCCCCCAGCUUUCCAAAUGCCUGAACAUAAUGUACAACAUUUAACAUGUAACAUUUGUGUCUUGACAUGACGCCAGCAAAGCAGACGCUUUUCAGAUGUGUUCUCUACCUCAGAGGUAACAGCAGCUCAGCUUUGUGUGAGAGUUCACCCUGUAGAACCACCCAGUACGCAGUGACAUGGCGUUUAGGUUUGAAUUUUUCAUUUGCCAUAGUGAAGUGUUACAGAUCAUUUAUUUAUUUUUAAGCAGAUGUGAGAUAUUUAUUUUAAGAACCGUUAUAAUUUACAAUGUGACUGUAUGGGGAGUGAGGCAUUGAACUUCGUUUUGUCUUUCAGCACUGCGUGCAAGAGAGUGUGUGUGUGUGUGUAUGUCUGUGUCUGUGUGUGUGUGUGUGUGUGUCUGCGUCUGUGUCUGUGUGUGUGUAAACAGCUGGGAGCUACUCAUCCUGUUUGUUUUGAAGAAACUUUGGACACUCUCCAUUUCCAGCAUUAGUUCAUUUUGAGGAUUUUUUAAAACUUGUAGGUGCUUCGUGUGAGAGGAAAUUUGGCUUUAUCAAAUCCAAAGCACCUAAACGUCUUAAUUUGUUCUUUUUAUAUAAAUGUAUUGUUAGAGCUGUGUGCAUGAGUGAAAAACUAUGGAAGGUACAUUUAAGACGAAGUUUCUGGUGAAGUCCCGUCAUUAAUUUUUAUUUUAAUUGUAUACUUUUAUUUUCCCUUCCCCAGAUGGGCAUGAUUGGACAGGUUAAGGGUAGAGCAUGUAGAAGACUUAUGGACUAUCUUUUAUUUUUAUUUUUUUUAAUUGUGUUUAUGUACUGGUUAUCAUUGGUUUCCCUGUAAAAUAAUAAUAAUAAAAUGGCAAAGAAAAUACAA